AUGUGCCACUCCCAGCUGGUCCACUUCCAGGCCACCCUGCGCCUGCAACUCCGUCGCCUGCGGAUGCGGUUCCGGUACCCUCUGCUCCUGAGGUUUCCGUCCCCACUCCCACUCUGCCUGUGGAACAGCCGCCAACGGAUCAAGCCGUCCUUCUGGCGCCGGGUGAGCCUGCAGCACCAACACCCUCCAGUGGCAGUGGCCUGUGGCCUUCUUUUCCCUGGCCGCUGCCUGCCAUGGGGGGAUGGGGUCCAGCCACGCUCCUCCUGGAUCCACUAUGACGAAAGUCUCCGCAUGCGUGCUGCCUUGGACCCCACCUUACGGUGGGAUGCCCCCUUGCAGGAGCUAGGGUUAGUAAGUGCUGGUGGAGCAGUGGCUCCGGUCCGGGUCCUGGUGUGUGGCCAUUCGCUGGUCUUCUGGGCCUUCAAGCGGACCAGCACCUCCCACUGGGGCACUCAGUUGGGGCUUCGAGUGGUGACAAAAUUCUAUCAGCACACCCUGGCCUUGGCAUUUGCUGUAACUGAGAUCAAUGAAAACCCCAAGAUCCUGCCCAAUGUCACAUUUGGGUUCCGUAUCCACGACACUUACCAUGAUGCGAGGAUGACGUAUCGUAGCACUGAGAACCUGCUCUUCAAAUCCCAUAGGUUUAUCCCCAACUAUAAAUGUCACAACAAGGAAAAUCUCAUGGCACUUAUUGGGGGACUAAGUUCUGAUAUGUCCUUCUAUAUGGCAGACAUGUUAAGUCUCUACAAAAUUCCACAGCUCACGUAUGGCUCAUUUGCAGAAGAAGAGAGUGAUACAGUGCAGGCCCCUUCUUUUUACCGCACGGUCCUAAAUGAAUCCCAUCAGUACAUGGGGAUUAUCCGCUUGCUCCAGCAUUUCAGAUGGACGUGGGUUGGACUCAUUGUUGUAGAUGAUGACAGUGGAGACCAUUUCCUGCAGACUCUGGAACCACUGCUUGCUCCAAACGGAAUCUGUUCCGCUUACACCGAAAGAAUCCCAAAGCAAGGUCUCCUGCUUUCUCUAGCUGAAAUGGAAGAUAUGGCCACAAAAAUGUAUCUGCCUUUGAUGAAUAGGAAAGCCAGCACAUUAAUAGUCUAUGGCGAAAGUAUGACCAUUAUGUGGCUGAGCACUUUAGUGGCUCUAGCAGAAUUGGGAAACAUAGUUCUUGGAAAGGUGUGGAUCAUGACAGCCCAGAUAGAUUUUGCAGUAACAGGCCUUAUAACACGGAAGAGUUUUCCAGUAUUCGAAGGCACCAUUUCCUUCAUGAUUCAUGCAAAUGAACCUCUAGGAUUCCAGACAUAUCUUCAGAAAGUAAAACCUCAUUGGACAGCAGGAGAUGGCUUUCUCAAGGGCUUCUGGGAGCAAGCCUUUGGCUGUUCAUUUCCUAAUUCCAGUGACCCAACGGAAGUUGAUGAAAUAUGUACUGGGGAGGAGAGGAUGGACAGUCUUCCUGAGGCCGUUUUUGAAAUGCAAAUGACUGGCCACAGCUUCAGCAUUUAUAAUGCUGUCUAUGCUGCGGCACAUGCUUUGCAUGCCAUGAUCUCAUCUACAUCCAACUAUAGAGCAACGGUAGAGAGCAGAAGAUUUCAACUGCAAGAUCUCCAGACCUGGCAGCUCCACCAGUUCCUUCAAGGCAUUUCAUUUAACAACUCAGCAGGAGAAACAGUAUCCUUCAAUGAUCAUUUGGAAUUGGUAAAUGGAUUUGAUAUCAUGAGCUUGGUCAUAUUUCCAAACACUUCCUUCCUGAGAUUGAAAGUGGCAAGGGUGGAUCCCAGUGCUCUUGAAAAGAAAGAAUUUAUCAUUCAUGAGGAAAGAAUUGAGUGGCACAGAAGUUUUAACCAGGUGUGCCCCCUUUCUGUUUGUAGUGACUCUUGCUAUCCUGGUUAUCAGAAGAGGAAGAAGGAAGGAGAGAAAUUUUGCUGCUAUGAUUGUGUUCUCUGCCCAGAAGAGAAGAUUUCAACAUCAAAAGACAUGGAUGACUGUUUUGGAUGUCCAGACGAUCACUACCCAAAUGAAAAAAGAGAUGGAUGCAACCUCAAAGUUAACACUUUCCUGUCUUAUAAAGAACCUUUAGGGAUCAUCUCAGUUUCAUUUGCCACUUCUGGUGCCCUGCUCACAGUUUUGGUGCUAGCAAUCUUUAUCAGGUACAAAGAUACCCCUAUAGUCAAAGCCAACAACCGGGACCUCACCUACACACUGCUCAUUUCACUCUUGCUCUGCUUCCUCUGCUCUUUGCUGUUUCUUGGACAACCUACCAAGGUUACCUGCUUUCUCCGACAAUCUGCUUUUGGCAUCAUCUUCUCAGUGGCCAUCUCUUGUGUGUUGGCCAAAACCAUCGUUGUGGUUGUAGCUUUCAUGGCCACCAAACCAGGGUCCAACAUGAGGAAGUGGCUGGGGAAAAGACUGGCCAACUCCAUUGUCCUUUCCUGCUCCCUUAUUCAAGCAAUCAAUUGUGCAGUGUGGCUAGGAAUAUCUCCACCUUUCCCAGAUUUUGACAAGCAAUCAGUGACUGGAGAAAUUAUAGCAGAAUGUAAUGAAGGGUCUGCCAUCAUGUUUUAUCUUGCCUUGGGCUACAUGGGACUUCUGUCCAUCAUCAGCUUCACUGUAGCUUUUCUCGUCAGGAAAUUGCCAGACACCUUUAAUGAAGCCAAAUUCAUCACCUUCAGUAUGCUUAUGUUUUGCAGUGUUUGGUUUUCUUUUGUACCAACCUACUUGAGCACCAAGGGGAAAUCGAUGGUGGCUGUGGAGAUCUUCUCCAUCUUAGUCUCCAGUGCUGGAUUACUGUGCUGUAUCUUUUCCCCAAAAUGCUAUGUUAUUAUAUUGAGGCCUAAGUUGAACAACAAAGACCAGCUAAUAUGGAGAAAGUUCUAA